AAAAAUUCAAAAUACGAAAAACUGCGGUAAAAGUUUUUUUCGGCGGCACAAUCAAGAAGGAGCUAGGGGUCAAACACGCACAGCUGUUCUUCUCAUAGCAUACCCUGUCCCACCAUCUAGAAUUGAAUCAUUCAAGACUCCGACUACCUCACCUUCUACCAACUGCUUACUUCACCCUUGUAGCACGAAGCAAACCCGCGAGUUGCAUUUUAGUUCUACGACUUCCACCUCUUCAUUUACGUUUGAUCGUCGUGUCCCAGCCAAGCCUACUUCGUUUUCAAAACGACUUCAGUGGACAGAAGCUUGAAAUCAAAACACUGAAACAAUUCAAGCUAAGAACUAGUUCCAGUAGCAUCUUCUUCCUUGACAAGCAGAAUCAACACUCAUGGGAGCCAACCAAUCCGCACCUGCGCCCGUGAACAAGGGGGGGCGCCCGGUGAAAAGCAAUGAGCAGGAGAUGCAGGAGUUGCUAGACCAGAGGCCGCAGCGGACUCUGGCUCGGUUGCCGAACGGCGACUUGCAAGAGGUGGACGCGAACGCUCUGCUGGAGUGGUUUGUCAAGAAGGAGGAGCUGGAAAAAACGCACAAGAAGCGCGAGGACGAGCGGGCCAGAAAGCAGGCGCAAAGAGACGCGCUCCAGCAGGGAGACGCGGAAUCUGCGAAGGAGCAUGACAAGAAGCUGCUCGUGCUGCUGUUCCUCUCGUUGUGCAUCAAUUUGGGGUUCAUCAAGUACCUCUUUGUGUCCGGCACCUCCCACGCGAAUCUGUUUGAGUUCUAACCUCGUCGACAAGCAGGGCUUAGUUCCUGAAUACCGGUGCUGCAACCAGAGCUGGCGGUCUGUCGCACGGUGCGAUGAAAUAGAUGCUGGUCAACAUGUUGCCGGGACGAGUAGCGGUGAGCAUCUCUUGUGUAUAGAAAACUGAUGAUUGAACAGCACGAAUAGAUACUUCUUACAGAAUUUGCAAACUACAUCUUCUCUUCUGUAGUGCGAGGCUGCUGGUGAAAGGUAGCGCUCGCAUUAAAAUCGUUAAUGAAUGUACAACGUUUCCAUUUGAGAUCGCCAAUGAGCAUACAAUUGUUUCUUCUCUAUCUGAUUUUUUGUUUCAAUUUUUCCAUAGUGCAUAAAACGGUGAUCGAUGUUACACGAGAAGACAUAGAGACAUAGGUUUUUUCACUGUGGCGGUUGGUGGGGCAGAACGCCUUGUGUAUGGAAAAGUGUAGACUACCACCAUCACAAUAUGUUUAUGUUUGCCGCACUUCCGUGUCGCAAGAGCGUGGCCAGGUGGUGAGUAGACUGUCGGCCAAGUGUUGUUGUCUCUUUCUACAUUGAAUGGUUCCUAUCAAGAGCAAACACGAAAGUUGCUCAGUGCGCAGGGGUAAAAACUUAAACUUCUUUAAGCACAGAU